CUUUCUUUUAGCAACGUUUUGGCAAGUUGCCUCAUUCCAUAGGAUUCUAUACUGGUUUUAACAUCUCAACUGUAGAAGCUGGAAGCUACAAGCAGGAGAGAAGCUGGUGUUGUUAAACAGAAAGGAAGACUGACGAAAACAACAAAAAAUGGCUGAUAAGUGUCCUUUGUGUCUUCUGGGACUGAUCAUUCUCUGUCUGCAUCUCACAGGUACCAGUAAAGUGAAUGACUUUCAUGUGUUCUGUAGUUCUGGUGAAAAUGUCCAUCUGCCCUGCAAUAAUGCUCUUUCUGACUGCACAUCAACUACUUGGACCUGUGACAGACAUUCAGGGGCAGUUGAACUGAUUACUUUAGGAAUAAAAAAGAAUAACAUAGAGAGACAUGAGAGACUGAGUCUGGGCUCUGACUGCUCUCUGAACAUCAAGAAAGUCACAAAAGAAGAUUAUGGAUCUUACACCUGCCAACAAUAUGUGAAUGGACUACAACAAGGAACUGAUGCACCUUUUUAUCUGCAUGUUCUUGAGGUCUCUUCAUCAUCCUCACAGACCGAGAUCAGCCCAGGCAGCUCUAUGUCUAUUUCCUGUCAGUUGUAUUUAUUUACAGUCUCUUGUGAUACUUUGGUCCGUACUAAGGGAAUUCAGCUGAUCUGGGUGACUCAGGCUGGUGUGAAUCUGCAGACAGACUCCAGAUAUCAGAUAUUAUUCUCCUCAACACACUGUAUCAGCACUCUGACUGCAACACUCCAGAAUGAAGAUCACAACAGAGAGUGGAAAUGUCAGGUUAUUCAGAGAAAUAAAGUGAAGACCUCAGCCACAUAUACCGUUAAGUAUUCAGGCAAGAAAUUAAUAUUUUCUUCAAAUUAUUUCUCUAAAUAA